GAGCAUGGUUUCUACCAACGACAACAGCUUGUAGGCAUGUCGUUGGUGCUGCAGGGUCAUCUCCAUCCUUCCAACUCGGGCGCCGGACAAUUUAGGUAUCGUGUCCGAAAAUCAUAAGACUCCUAAAAAUGCAACCGCACGUGGGAAAGAGGGGGGAUACACAGGAAUAGGAAAGACAUAUAGAUCCAGCUCUUGCACAUCGCAAGAACGCCUCGAAAGUCAAGUUCAUCGAUCUCUCCAUCUUCGACUAUCUUCUGUUGCACAACAUCGUCACCAUGUUUCAAAGCGGCUUCAUCUUUGAAGCUCCCAAUACCAUCGGGAAGCCCACCACAGCUUCGGGCAAGCCCAAGAAGACUCGGGCAUCAUGCGAUGCAUGCUCCAAGUCGAAGAUCAAAUGUGGGCAGCAGAGACCUGCGUGCACGAGGUGUUCGAAACUGAGCAUCGCUUGCAAUUACUCUCCAUCAAGGCGGAUAGGAAAGCCCGCAGGGUCCGGGAAGAAGAAGCAAAUCCAUAACCACCCCCCUUCAAGCGCUGCUCCGACUACAGGUCACUCACACACGAGCUCCAUUGCCUCUGAUGCGAGCGCCCGGAGCAAUCACGCAAGCCAAUCUUUGUUCAAUGUUCUCCCUGCCCAACUUGGCGUCCUCCCUGAUACUCCCUCGAGUGACCUUGAAGACAAGACCCCAAGGCCUGGCUACUUUACAAAUGCCGAGAGCUACUUCUAUGAGGCCAAUAUCAAGUCGAGCUCCCCUUCCCCUUCGGAAACAUCAUCCUCCCAUUCGUCAUACAAAUUUCCUAUCCCUGAGCAUCCUCUUCUCCUCUCCGCCGACCCGACCAUGGCGCCUCCUGCCAUGCUAGAAUCAGAUCUUAGCAUGGACAGCGACUUCUCCUUAUCAGAUGCAUUCUCCGACUUCUCUGCUUCGGAAGCCAGCACUUUCGCCAUUGGCGAUGGCUUUUCAACGCCUGCUUCAGCAUGUAGCUCACAGCCCUCGAACAAUAUGGAAUUUUCCGAAGGCAUUCAACAACAUUUCACCAAGCUCUCCAUGCUAGAGAAGAUCCAACCCUCGGGGCAAAGCUCGCAACACUGCAUGAGCCAGGCCCUCACUAUCUUGUUCAGUCUACACGAUCCUUCCAGCAUUCCUGCCUCCGCAGGCGGCUUCCGCACCAUUGACAGCAUCCUCGACUCCAACCGACAAGCUCUCGACUCUCUUACCUCAAUCCUAAAGUGUCUGUGCCAAAAGGAUCCUGAAGGGAGCCUCCUCGUUGCACUCAUCAUAACCAAGCUCCUGAAUUCCUACAAGUGCAUCACCCAAACCCACCAAGCUUCACCUUCCGCGGCCUGCAACUGCCCGGAUACCACUCGAUGCAGGUCGAGCUCACUACACAGCCAAGGACGGAGUCCCACGCGGACACCUGUCAAACUAGGCAGCUACGCGCUCGAUGAGCAAGACGAGGAGUGCAUCAAGAUGCAACUGGUCCUGAGCCAAUUGAAGCGGUUGGAAAAGCUGAUCGAACGCUUCAUGGAGAUUUUGAAUGGUCCAGGACAGGAUCUCUCUCCGGCUUUGAAGACAUUCGUCACCGGGACAUUUGAUGAGGUCCUUAGCGAAGCCAGGAGGAGAAGUGACUGCAAUAUGCGGGUAUAGCGAUUGGAGAAGAUGACGAUAUGACUGGAAUUGGGGCGUUUCUUUGGUCAUUCAGGACUCGGCGCCAGGAAUCUAGGGGGAGGAUUUCACACUCAAGGCACUUAUGGAUGGAUAUCUGCUGUGGCACCUUCAAUGUAUUACUGAUGUUUAUGAUAUGACUAUCUUAAGACUCUAACAACUCAUCUAAGAGUACGCUCAUUCC